AUGGAUUUUUGUUGUAAAAGAAACGGAUACGAUCUUUCUCGAGAAUAUGGUAGAAUGGAAGAAGGAUUGGAAUUGCAACAAGUGACAUGGAAAUCAUGCAGUACGGUAUUACCCAAUUUAUGUAAUGAAAUAGACAAGGAUGAAAUAUUGGUUGAACUUGAUGAAGGAGAAGAUUUUUCUGAAAUAAUUUCAAUAGGAUCUUGUGGAACAAACAGUUAUACUGAACUAUUUGAUAGUUAUCUAGUUUGCGAAGAAGACCGAAGUGACUCCACUAUUAACGAACUAGAUUCAAAAAGAGAUGAUGUCCCUGCUGUUUCUACAAUAUUUAACAAAGAAGGCCUUCCAACUAUUAAUAUUUCACCGCCAGCUCCAGAGGAUAGAAGCAUGGCCUGUUUUCAAUCUCGACUAGGAGAUAAAUCACAUUUAACGGUUCCUCCAAAACCAAUCAAAGGUGAUUAUUACGGUAAGAGGUUUUGGGUAAAAUGUGAUAAAAUGUUAACUAAUACUGUUCCUUCGUGUAUUUCGAAGGAUUUGGUUAUACCGAAUGAAAAUAUUAUCCUAUUAUUACAAGAAGAAGAGUUUAAAGUUUGUAAUAUCAAUCGCACCCACUAUACAAGAGGCGCCAAUAGCCCCUUUACUAAGAUAUAUUCAAAGUUUUGCUACAUGCAUAACAAGCAAUUCAACAAGAAUAUACCUUACAGGACUGAAUUUUUAAGGUAUUCUCAAGACCAGAGGGGAGAUAUCAACUUGUAUUCAAAAUGCGGUCUCUGCCCUUUUUGUCCGAGCAUUGUGUUUAAGAAUAUGGAGACUAUUGAUUAUUACGAUCAUUUAUCUCUACUUCAUGGAAUUACUAGACAUAAUCUGUUAGUACCAAAUCCACGUUAUUUCGGCCUUUAUAAAUUUGUCAAAGAUGGCGUGGUUUAUCACCACCAAGGAGUUACAUGCACGAUUUGCGGCGAUGUUCUUAAAAUUAAUAAUUCGAAAUCACUAUAUAAUUAUAUGAAGCAUUAUAGAGAUAAACAUUCUUAA